CAAUGGCUUGCAACAGCAGCUAUAGAUGUCAAGCAGGAAAGAUCUGCAUCAAGAACUCGGUUUUUCUCAGAAGCAAAAAUCAUCUAUGCGAACUAUAGUACAUAGUUGGCAUUCAUAAAUCUUCAGCCGCCACAUUCAGUUACUAUGAGGAAGGAAGCAGGUUGAGUUUUCACAUCGACUCCACUUUGAUAGCGGCACUGUCAAACAGCCUGUUAGCGGCACUGCAGAUGGAAUAGAGCAGCGUCAGCUCUCCGACAAAACCUCACAUUCUUCCCGUCCACGCGCAGCAUGGGCUCGUUCCUCACACCCUACCAUAGCUACAUGUAACCAUCAACUUCAAUCAGACGCGACUUGACAAAAGCCGGCGAUUUCACCGUAUUACCGAGGACACUGUUAAGGUCUUUUCGCAGGUUCGGAGGAGAGAAUGAAGCUCCUUGUGUUCGGAGCAGUCCAGGACAAAGCCAUGAAUCCCUGGCCGCUCUUCGCGCUACUCGGUCUCUGUUCAGCAUUUGGGCCCAGUAAACAGGAAGAAGAGGACUAUGAAGAUGUACCCAUCAAUAAGACCUGGGUCUUAUCACCCAAGGUCUAUGAGAGUGAUGUCACUUUGAUUCUAAAUAAACUGCUGCAGGGCUACGACAACAAACUACGGCCUGACAUUGGAGUGAGGCCAACAGUGAUUGAAACAGCUGUGUAUGUCAACAGCAUUGGACCAGUGGACCCUAUCAACAUGGAAUACACGAUUGACAUCUUCUUUGCUCAAACAUGGUAUGAUAGUCGACUAAAGUUCAACAGCUCAAUGAAGUUGCUCAUGCUUAACAGUAACAUGGUAGGCAAAAUCUGGAUUCCCGACACAUUCUUCAGGAAUUCCCGAAAGUCUGACGCCCAUUGGAUCACCACUCCCAACCGCCUUCUGAGGCUAUGGAGCAAUGGGAGAGUCAUGUACACACUGAGGUUGACUAUUAAUGCGGAGUGUUACCUUAAGCUGCAUAACUUUCCAAUGGAUGAGCAUUCGUGUCCUCUGGAGUUUUCAAGCUAUGGUUAUCCCAAGAAUGAGAUCAUGUAUCGGUGGCAGAGACGAGCAGUGGAAGUGGCCGACCAGCGGUACUGGAGACUCUAUCAGUUUGCCUUUGUAGGGCUGAGGAACACCUCUGAUGUGGCACACACACAAUCAGGCGAAUAUGUAAUCAUGACGAUCUUUUUUGACCUGAGUCGCAGAAUGGGCUACUUCACAAUUCAGACAUACAUUCCAUGCAGCAUGAUUGUGGUCUUGUCCUGGGUCUCCUUCUGGAUCAACAAGGAUGCAGUCCCAGCCCGCACAUCUCUAGGUAUCACUACAGUGCUUACCAUGACGACUCUAAGCACCAUCUCCAGGAAGUCACUGCCAAAAGUUUCCUAUGUCACAGCCAUGGAUCUAUUUGUCUCUGUCUGCUUCAUCUUCACCUUCGCUGCUCUUAUGGAGUAUGGCACUUUACACUACUUCACCAGCAACAGACAGACCAAGAAGGCAAAAGCCAACAGUAACACACAGAAAGCAUCCAGCAUGGUGAACAUCCGACCUGGCACAUCCUUGUUGCAGAUGAAUAACAUUAUGCCCUAUCAUGAGGAGGAUGACUAUGCUUAUGAGUGUUUAGAUGGAAAAGACUGCACCAGCUUCUUCUGCUGCUUUGAUGACUGCCGUUCUGGAGCCUGGCGUGAAAACAGGAUGCAUGUGCGAGUUUCCAAGAUUGACUCCUAUUCACGAAUAUUCUUUCCCACUGCUUUUGGCCUUUUCAAUCUGGUUUAUUGGAUUGGUUAUCUGUAUCUAUAAAACCAAUACCUUAACGAAGGACAACUGGAGUUUAACAUUUCACAAGAAUUUCACAGUUAACAUCUGCAAGCAAUUCACAGAAUUAAAGCAUCAUAGUUAGAAUAGUUAGAGAUAUUAGCUACUUAGAAAACAGGCAUUUAAAAAAAAAAAAAAGUUACUGAAUAUACCGCCUCAUUGCUGCAGACCCUGUUGUUGGAGUUGGGCUUGACAAAUUAGUUACAGCAGUUGCUCAGUCCUUCAGCUUGUCCGGCAUCUUCAUCCAGUGCAAGAGCAAGAAAAAACAAUGAAAAUAAGCCUGAAUUUCCAUUAUUUUAGUUGUGGACAUUUGUAACUAACUAAAAUGUUUGCUCUGGUUUACACAGUAGAGAGAUUGCCAUUAAACUUAAAAAAAAAUAGCUCCAACUUUGUUUACUCUAGUCCACUGUGCUAUUGAUAUUAUUCAAAAGCAGAAAGGAUGUGGCAUUGCAUUUUGGCAUUGUAGCAAGAAAUGUAGGGUAUUGUUCCCUCUCUUAAAAGUAUAUCCCUUUAUUUAAUAAGAAAGACAAACAGUUCCUAUGAUGUACACCCAAAUUUCCAACAAUUUAGCUAUUGAGAUUUGAUAUAUCAGUAGUGAGUUUUCAAAACCUAAGACACUAUUGGUUUACAUAUACAGGGGGCAUAUCUUCAAAUAUUUGAACAGUUUAAUUGUUCAUAGGGUUCUAUUUUUGUUGGCAACACCUCACAGUAUUACAAUUAUUAUUAUUAUUAUUAUUAUUAUUAUAUUAUUAUUAUUAUUAUUAUUAUUAUUAUUAUUAUUAUUAUUAUUAUUAUUAUUAUUAUUAUUAUUAUUAUCAGUUUAUUUAAAACGGGACCUUGUACAAUAUUUGAGGUCAAACUCUGUUCAGAAUCAACUGCAUGGAAUAAAUUUGUAACUUCAGUCAAACAGUGAAUUGUCAUAUACAAUGAUGGUUGUUUUUAUAGCAGCCAUAAUUUAUACCUAAGUUACAAAAAAAUGUGACAAUUGUCAUUCAUAUGCUAUUCAGGCAAAGACCUCAGUCCUAUAUUUAAAAUUCCCAGCUCUAAAUUAUUAAUUUCCUUUCGGAACAUGUUGUGAAAACAGCAUCCUUUACAAUACAGAUCAUAAAGUUCUUCAAUUUCCUUUUAUACAGUUUUGUUGCAUAUGAAAGACACUUUCUUUAGAAAUGGCAGAGGUUCAUAAGUUUGCCAUGAAGUUUUGCACAUAUGCACUGAAGUGGAAAUCACUAUGCAGCUUCCUCAUCAUUUAUCACAGCACCAGUAAGCGUUUAAUCACUGCACAUAACAGGAUGUUACAUCAAUGUUUCUGUCCUCUGUUGUAAGUUAAGUUUGGUGUUGGAUUAAGCUGUUGCUAUAGUUCUAUACAAAUGAAAUUUUGACACACAUGAACACUCUUUAUGAGGUUCAUAGUUCAGCACUCACCGAUUUGCCACACAGUUGUAGCAUCAUGAUUGUUUCUGGAGCUUAUGCUGCUUUACAGUAAACUAGCCAGGAAGUAACUACUGUAUAGCACAGUAGAACUGACAUUUUCAUCAUUUUCAAGUAAGGGAUCUCACUUCAGUAUGAGGAUUCAAGGUUAAGAUUUGUUUGUGCAUGAAACUGAACACUGUAAGGCAGUUUCACUGAACCACUCACAGCAUGUAGCUAGUAUUUUUUUUAACUCAGCAGCACCUGAAGUUCUUUGCUAGCUAGAUUUUUCUGGCCAACUUAUGUAGAAAUCUCAUUUUUGUCGCUUGUGUCCAUGAUCUCUUUCUUUUGGUCACCAAAGCUUACGACAAUACAUGAGUGUUGGAAAAUAGACUGACUGGUAAAUCAAGAACUCAGCCUCAUGGGUCAGGUCCCUCUUCACCAUUGACGGUCCAAGGCCUGCAUUGUUGAUGACCCAACAUCAAUCCAUCUGUCUCAUGCUCCAGUUUCCUGUCACUCAUGAAAGAUUCCAACAUACUUUGACAAAUCUUCUCCACACUUGGCGUGUUGCCACUGAAGAGCUUCAUGGAAAUGAUGUCUGCCAAGAUCAUGGUUUGACUUGUCCUAAAUCUUCAGAGUCUGCCACCUCCACAGAGGACAGUUUGUUGGCUUUAGGAACCCUGAAAGUAUUCUUUCCACUGUUGAAAGUACCUCCAGUCAAGCCAAGCUUUCCUUCCUGAAUUGUCAACCGGUUUGCCAGGAACUCUCCAAGGUCAACCAAAAGUGCUUCUCUAACCUCCUGAAGAAUGCACAAGAAACUCUUAAAGAGGUAGAUGUUGAAGACUACACGGACAAAGCCUCCAAAAGGGCUGCUCCCAGUUCACCCUCACGGAACAUUUACCAAGCUUGUCUUUCCUCUUUAAAAUCCAAUUUAAAUCACCAUCACAUGGUGAUCUGUUGACAGCUCUGUUCUUUUCUUCAGCCGAGAAAAGAAGACAUACUAGUACAGACACAGGUCUGAUUAUACGAGCACAAAGUCGAUUGUCAGAUUGGCCUGUCAGCUCUGUUACUUAGUAUCCUUGUGAGCUACCCUAUGCUGUUAUAGCAUUAAGUAAAAACACUACUCUGCUUCACUCCAGGUUUCUCCACCACUGCCCACGUGAGCACUGAAAUCUUCCAAUAGAACUAUGGAGACCGCUUGCAGAAUCCCUUCCAGAACGUCACCCAAAGAAUCGAAGAUGUUGCAGCAGAUGAAGUGUUGUAUGGUGCCUAAGCACUGACAACAGUCAGUGCACGCUCCUCAGUGACCUAUUGUCACAAAGAGGCAAACCCUCUCACCAGGGAGAUUUUGAGCACAACAUUGCUCAGCUAGGGACUUGUUAUUUCUCCCACACCCUCUGGCAUCUAUCACCCAGUUCAACUCAGAAAGGAGAGAGCCCAGCCCCCAGAACCUCUGCUAUGUGUGGGGAUGAGCCCAGCUAUAUCUAGCUGGUACUGUCCCACCAGCCACACCAUCUCCAGUGUCUUCCCAUCAGAGAGGUGAUGUUCCACAUCCCCAGAACUAGUUUGUGCUGUUGAGAGUCAGCAUACCGCUCAGCUUGCAGUGCACCUGACCCCAGCUCUUAUCCUUGCAUAUGGUAGGUGUACUGGGUGGUGGCUUAAUGCAACUUUUUUGCAGGCUGUGCCUAGGCACAGCCACCAAACUAUCACAGCGCCAAUGAGAACCCAAGCAGAGAGCACGCAGCACAACAGACACCGGUGACAGGGAUAACAGAAUUUUAUUUACAAAAGAACAGGAAAAAACAAAUUGGGUGAGGGAACUAACUAGAACUAAAGCUAGAACUAGAGGAUAGCCAGAGUGAGGGAGAAACUGAACUAAACUCACUACCAGCUGGAAGGAAGGGGGGACGGCUGGCUCCUGGGGACUGGUGAUCCAGAGGUGUCACCGCUGGACAGGGGGAGUUGGUGGUGGAGAGUGCAGUGACAGAUCGGAGUUGGGCCAGGUGGGAGCCGGUACACUCUUUAGAAGGGGAGCGUGGCUGCAACGUGGACAGGACAUGGCAGGAUACUACAGAGGCUUGACAGGACCUUGCCAGAGGUUUGGCAGGAUAGUUCCAGCAGAACGCACAGGCAGCAUGACCAGCAGAACUGCAGGGAAAAGAGACUCAAAUUAGAGCAAGGUACAUGCAAACAGUAUUUAAAAAAAAAAAAAAAAAAAAAAAAACAAGUGCAGUGGCCAAUUACUAACUGCGUAAGCAGAAGCUACAAUCUAGCAGAGGGUUGAGUGCGAAGCCGGCUUUUAUUGCAGAGGUGAUGAGACCAGAGCACAGCGCCACAGCUGCCUGGAGUUACUGCUGAUGAGGGAAUAAUUGGUUACAGCCACUGUAGAGAGUGGCACAGGAGAGCGAGAGUGAGGUGUAGGUGGAAUAGAGAGGGAGGGAGAAUGAAGAGGUAGAACUGGGGAGAAACAGAAAAAGGAGGGACAGGGAGAAUAAAGGGAGGUUAGGUGGGGGCUGAUGCAGGGACCAGGGAGAGGGCCCUGACAAACACUUGCCAGCCAGUUCCCCUCCCAGGACUGGUGCCAGAAGGGAACCCUGAUUUCUAAUCAGAGUGAGUUGCUGCAGCUCUGUUUUGGCAUAUUAACUGGAAUCCCUGAAUCGUUUCUCCCCUUUGUCAUGGUUCAAGGCUUGGCCACCAGACAUACACUUGUACUUAGCUCUGUGGUGAGCUCUCAUUGUCUCUCCCCUAGAACCAAUUUGCCUAGGGAGCCCAUUCAAAGGGCUAGCACUUCCUGCAACAUAGCUCCCAGAAUCAUGAGGACACACUAAACCUUCCACUGCACAAAGGUGAUAAUUCUUUUAGUGGUAUAGGACAAAUGAGGUAUGCCAUUUCGUGAAUGUGUGAAUGAGCUUCAGAGGUCCUGGCUAGAUAAGGUUUCACCUCCUGGCAAAGGGAACCGAUGUAGUGCAUAACCACAGUCAAUUCCAUCUCAUGGGGCUACUAGAAAAAAAAAUUAAAGCUGUGGCUUUGUUGGUAAAGGGGCUUAUUAGUAAAAACAGACGAUAAAUGUUUGUCACUGAUAGAUGGUAUAUUGUUAUUGUCUCAGAGAUUCAGUACAGAAAGUAUAAGGGCUUUUGUGUAGCCAAGUAUUGUGUACACUAGCAUUUAAAUGUUAAAUGAAUGGUUUGCAUUUAUAUAGAGCCUUUCUACCUUAGAGGUAUGCAAAGCACUUUACAAUGUUUCCCAUUUACCCAUUCACACACACAUACCAAUGGUGACAGAGCUGCCAUGCAAGGUGCCUGCCUGCCAUUGAGAGCAACUUGGGUUUCAGUGUCUUGCCCAAGGACACUUUGCAAGGUUGGCAGCUCAAUUCCUGGCCCCGCCACAUGUUGAUCGGUGGACAACCAGCUCUCCACCUGAGCCACAGCCACCCUUACUAUGAAUGUACAGUAUGGAAUAAUUUGUUUGCUUUAUAAAAAAUGGGCAAACCAUAGAACUAAAUCUGUAGAAAUGAACCUAUGCCAUUAUUAAGGACUAUGUCUGUGAUUUUCUUCUUUUUUCAUUUGAAGUUACCAUUUCAUGUGAAUAGUGUUCAGAAAAUGAUUCAGCUUUCAGCCCUAAAACACCUGUACUCUUUUCAGAUCUGCGAGCUAACUGUAAAGCAUCCUGAGACAAUUUGACUGUAAUUGGCACUAUAUAAAUAAAAUUGAAUUGAAUUGAAAAUUGAA